AUGGGUGUCGCAUCAGAAAAACAAUGUCCUAUGUGCUGGGGAGAAGGAUUUCUCCAAGAUGGUUCUGGCGCCCACGAUAGAAUCCAGGAGUUAGAGGCGCAGGUGCAUGCGUUGACAGCGCGCGCGUCAGCUACAGCCUCCAAACUCAGCGAGUACGAAGAAGAAGUCCGACGUCUACGCUCCUCCCAACCCCAAGGAUCCUACCACACACCACGAACCAGCUCUUCACUAGGAAGACCUCCCUCCCAAACCGACCAGUCACCACAGCGCCCAACAACCUCAGACUCCCAACCCCAAACAUAUCAUAGCCGCCUCACAAACCUCGCUUCUCUCCUCCCCUACCGACGCGGUAGCGCAACCCCCGCAAGCGCACCCACAACAUCCAGCGGUAUCCCAAGUACUCCGACCGCACUGACAACUCCCAUCCCACACAUGUCCCCCGCGAACAGCGAGCACACCGCCGAACUGCAGGAUGCGCUUACGCGCGAACAGAGACUGCGCCAGGCUGCCGAGUCGCAGCUUUCGCAGGCGAGUACCGAGCUAGAAGAGUUGACUGUGCAGCUUUUCAGUCAGGCGAAUGAGAUGGUUGCGGAGGAGAGGAGGGCUCGUGCGAAGCUUGAGGAGAGGGUUGCUGUGUUGGAGAGGAGGGAUGUUGAGAAGCGCAGUCGGUUGGAGAAGUUGGAGAAGGCUAUGGCUCGCGUGGAACGGUUGAGGGCUUUGGUUAAUCAUCAAUGA